AUGAUCAACCCCCCACUCAGUAAAGUGAAUCCCAGCCUAAAAAAGACAACAGAACCAAUAAUAAGCAAGGGAUUGUCUAAAGCUACUGUCUACAUGUCUCUCACGGAUCAAGAUAAAGGGAGAGAAAGCAAAGCAAAACGUCUUCUAGAUGAGCAAGAGAACCGCCACAAUGAAUGGAUCUACCGUUUGUUCCGAAGCUUGACCUCCUCUGUCCAACAUAUGGGAGGCUUCAACAGGCGAUGUGACCAGGCGCGGAAACGAUCGACAGGGAUAAACCCAGGCCUAGAAACGAAACAGGAAAUCUAUGCGGCCGCCGUUGGCAUCAUUUGUAAUUUUUCAGCAUCACGCCAAUCUAUCCCCUGCUCGUGCUUCUCGCUUCUGUACGGCUUACCUGAGGAUGCAUGCAUAUUCAUCGAAGCACGGAUAAUUAUGUAUAGGUGCAUUUGUCCGCGCACGGGCACGCAAAGACAAACGCUCAACGAAUGA